AUGGCGACCAUUAGAGUCCCAGACGAAAUCCCUUCUCCAGCUCAGGAUUCUGAAACUCUCAAUAAAGCUUUUCGCGGAUGGGGAACAGACGAGAAGGCUGUCAUAAGAGUUUUAGGGAAAAGAAACGAGAGCCAGAGAAAGAGAAUCAGGGAGAGUUAUAAAGAGAUUUAUGGCAAAGAUCUUAUCGAUGAUCUCUCCUCUGAACUAUCUGGUGAUUUCAAGAAAGCUGUGAUUCUGUGGACGAAAGAUCCAGCAGAGAGAGACGCAAGGCUUGCUUACAAGGUCUUGAAUGAGAAAAAGAAAACCAUAGAGAAGCUGAAGAUCAUCGUGGAGAUCUCUUGCACAGCUUCUCCUAACCAUUUGAUUGCUGUGAGGAAAGCUUAUUGUUCUCUCUAUGACUCAUCUCUUGAAGAACACAUUGCUUCCUCUGUUCCCUUUCCUCUUGCAAAGUUGCUGGUGACAUUAGCAACUUCAUUCAGAUAUGACAAAGAGAAGGUUGAUAGAGAAGUAGCUAAAAUAGAGGCGGGUAUGCUACAUGAAGCCAUAACAAAGAAGCAACUAGAUCAUGAUCAUGUACUUUACAUAUUAGCAACUCGCAGUAUCUACCAGCUCAGAGCAACUUUUGUUGCUUACAAGCAGAGUUAUGGGAACACAAUAGAUAAGGAUGUUGAUGGAUGUCCAGGAGAUUCUGAUCUGAGAAGUCUAUUGCAGAUGGUAAUCUUUUGCCUUGAGUUCCCUGAGAAACACUUUGCAAAGGUUGUAAGAGAUUCUAUUGAGGGGUUUGGAACAGAUGAAGAUUCGUUGACGAGAGCGAUUGUGACUCGAGCAGAGAUUGAUUUGAUGAAAGUAAGAGGAGAGUAUUUCAAUAUGUAUAAUUCAAGCAUGGAUAACGCUAUCAUUGGUGAUGUUUCUGGUGACUACAAGGACUUCCUUCUCACUUUACUUGGUUCCAAAAUCUGAUCUUUCUUUUAUAAUCUUGGUUUGGCUUGUGAUUUGUGUUGUAUCAAAACUUCAUGUUCCAAUUCUGAUUUGAAAAAUGUUAUAAAAAUAAUCAUAAUAACUCUUGUUUUUUGUGAUAUGAAUAUUUGAAAAAUAGAUUUGAGGAACAUCCAAG